GCCCGCUCGGGAGAGUGCGCCCUGCGACUCUAUCCACUUCCCCCGGAGGCAAAAAUCUCCCCUCCCCCCAAAAUCCAAGGCGUGGUGGAAUCCUAAACCCCCUCCGCGCGCGGCGAUGGCGCUCGUGUCCACCGCCACCGUCGCGUCGUCGUCCUACCACUGCGACCUCCUCCUCUUCCCGGGGGGCAGGAGGAGGUGGCGCGGGCCGAGGUGGAGCCGCGGCGGCGCGGGCGCGAGGCUAGCGGUGCUGCAGCGUGCGGGCGGCGGCGGGCUUGCGGUGCUGGAGCGAGCGGGCGCGGGCGCGGGGUCCGCGGUGCUGGAGCGGACGGGCGCCGGGGCCGGGGCCGCUGCCGCGGCGAGAAGGGAGGAGCUGGUGCCUGCGGGGAAUGGCAGGAGCUCGUACGAGGUGGAAUCGCUGAUCGACCGGCUGAGCAACCUGCCGCCGCGGGGCUCCAUCGCGCGCUGCCUCGAGACGGCGCGGCACCGGCUGACGUUGCAGGACUUCGCGGCCGUGUACCGCGAGUUCUCCCGUCGCGGGGACUGGCAGCGCUCGCUCCGGCUCUUCAAGUACAUGCAGCGCCAGUCGUGGUGCCGCCCCGACGAGCACAUCCACGCCAUCGUCAUCGGCGUGCUCGGGCGCCAGGGCCCCGCGCUGCUCGACAAGUGCCUCGAGGUGUUCCACGACCUCCCCGCCGAGUCGCGCACCGCGCUCUCCUACACCUCCCUCAUCGCCGCCUACGCGCGCAACGCGCUGCACGAGGAGGCCCGCGCGCUGCUCGACCAGAUGAAGGCCGCGGGGGUCGCGCCCACCGCCGCCACCUACAACACCGUGCUCGCCGCCUGCGCCCGCGCCACCGACCCACCCGUCCCCUUCGACAUGCUCCUCGGCCUCUUCGCUGAGAUGCGGCACGACGCGUCCCCCUCCGUGCGCCCCGACCUCACCACCUACAACACCCUCCUCGCCGCCGCCGCCGUGCGCUCUCUGGCUGACCAGUCUGAAAUGCUGCUGCGCACUAUGCUUGAGGCUGGCGUCUCCCCGGACACUGUAUCUUAUCGUUACAUUGUGGAUGCCUUUGCCAGCGCCGGCAACCUCUCCCGUGUAGCCGAGCUGUUCUCCGAAAUGGCUGUCAUGGGGAACACGGCGGAUGCCUCUGCGUAUCUAGGACUCAUGGAGGCACACACGCGUGUUGGCGCCACAGCUGAGGCGGUGGCUGUGCUGCGGCAGAUGCAGGCUGAUGGAUGUGCGCCAACAGCUGCCACUUACCGUGUCCUGCUCGAUCUUUAUGGAAGGCAGGGGCGGUUUGAUGGAGUGCGCGAACUCUUCCGUGAGAUGAGAACUGCUGUACCGCCAGACACGGCCACAUAUAAUGUGCUUUUCCGUGUAUACGGGGACGGUGGCUUCUUCAAGGAGGUGGUGGAGCUCUUCCAUGAUAUGCUUGAAACUGGGGUAGAGCCUGAUAUGGUGACCUGCGAAAAUGUCAUGGCUGCCUGUGGUCGUGGUGGCCUCCAUGAGGAUGCAAGAGAAGUUCUUGAAUAUAUGACCAGAGAAGGAAUGGUGCCGACUGCAGACGCCUACACUGGCCUGGUUGAGGCUCUUGGCCACGCGGCUAUGUAUGAGGAAGCCUAUGUUGCUUUCAACAUGAUGACUGAAAUUGGUAGCUUGCCAACUCUUGAGACCUACAAUACUCUUGCGUUUGCAUAUGCUAGGGGUGGGCUCUUCCAGGAGGCUGAGGCCAUCUUUUCUCGGAUGAGUAACAAUGCUGGCAUUCAGAAAAACAAAGAUUCAUUUGAUGCCCUCAUCGAAGCAUAUUGCCAGGGCGCACAAUUGGAUGAUGCAGUGAAGGCGUACAUGGAGAUGCGCAAAUCCAGGUUUAAUCCAGAUGAACGGUCCCUUGAGGGGGUACUUAAUGCCUACUGCAUAGCAGGGGUCAUAGAUGAGAGUAAAGAACAGUUUGAAGAACUUCAAUCUAGCGUGACACUGCCCAGCAUUAUUGCCUAUUGCAUGAUGUUGUCACUGUAUGCUAGGAACGACAGGUGGGCUGAUGCGUAUGAUAUGCUGGAAGAAAUGAAAACAAAUCGUGCUAGUAGUACACAUCAAGUAAUUGCUUCCCUAAUCAAAGGGGAAUACGAUGAUAGCUCCAACUGGCAAAUGGUUGAAUAUGCCCUUGAAAACAGUACCAUGGAAGGCUGUGACUAUAGUUUACGGUUCUUUAAUGCUCUCCUGGAUGUGCUUUGGUGGUUUGGUCAGAAGGGCCGAGCUGCAAGAGUUCUGGAUCAAGCAGUACAAUUUGGGCUCUUCCCUGAGUUAUAUCGUGACACCAAGCUGGUCUGGUCACUAGAUGUACAUAGGAUGUCAGUAGGUGGAGCGCUGGUGGCUGUGUCAGUAUGGCUCAAUAAGCUUUAUGACAGACUAGUAGAAGAUGAAGAUCUUCCACAGUUAGCAUCUGUUGUUGUAUUGAGAGGUGAAAUGGAGAAAAGCACAAUUACAAGAGGACUGCCAACCGCCAAAGUUGUCUACUCCUUUCUAAAUGAUACACUAUCAGCAUCCUUCCACUUCCCAAAAUGGAACAAGGGACGAAUCAUAUGCUUGAAGUCCCAAUUGAAAAAGCUGCAGUCAGCCGUAGAUUCCUCAAAUGGGUCUCCUGCAGCUGGUUUUGUCCCCAUGAUGAACUCCCAUUUGCCGUCUCCCGAUUCCAAGAUAUAUACAAGGGAGGACCAAUUGGGAAAUGGUACCGGCCAUUUGCCUGACGAACCGUUGGUAGAGGAAAAGGAGUCAGAGCUUCUCGCAUUGUGAGUUCUAAGGAGCUGCUGCCCUUUGCAUCUACAGUUGUGAUGACAUCACAUCGGUCUGAACAAAGGGAGACUAGAUCCAGAAUAACAGCCAUAUUUUGGGAGUUUGCUCAUUCAGAUCUCCGUCUGAGUACUAUGGCACACGUCCAUACGCAUUUUUGCAGAGUGUGGCUGGCUUCAGUUAUACAUGGUCCUCGUGGAAAGGUGAGUUCAGUUAUCCACGGUGGAUGCUACUGCAGAUUCACAUCUUGCCUGAAACUUGUGAGCUGCUAGUUACUGCAGGUUUGACAGACAAUGCUGAACGUCAGUUGCAUUUCAGGAUUUUAGCUCGCUGUAGGGAGAAUGAGCUUAUGGAUGUUGUUAGCUGCUCACUUGCUGUGUAUGUCAUCCUUGUACCACGUCCAGCUCAACUCUGUAAAACAUGAUAACCUCGUUAGCCUGAUAAGUGACUGUUAGUGAAACAUGUCAACUGUAAUACGUUCUGAAUCCUGAUGAGGGAAAUAGUGCCUGUAGUGUGAUUUCUUUUCUUAUAUACAGGGUCUAUACGCCGUGCCAAAUGUCACUUGAAUUUUUUGUUA